AUGAAUUCAGAGAGUAAUUUCUCCUUGAAAUUCCGCCGACCUUCAAGCAAACUUCAAAAAGAUUCAACUAGCCUUAGCUCGCGCAUUCUGAGAAGCCAUCAAAGCACAACCACUCUGAAACGUCACCCUUCGGCCCCCGUCUAUCCACGUUCCUCCCCUAGUAAUAGCCGCGAGCACGCUCGAUCGCGCUCAAACGCAGGCGCUGCUUUUGGCUCGUCAUCCUCGUCGGUUGAGCAAAGUAGUGCCGGUCCUUCGCCUAUCAACGAAGAAUCUCACCAACCUCCCAGAAGCCACAGCGCCUCUCGUUCCCGUACUCGAACCUCCAAUCGCUUCUCCUACGACCAGAAAUCGGAUGAUUUAACUACCCCCUUCGAGAUGCGGGGUAUGCUCAGUGCUCUGGAUGAAAAUAGUGCUGAACCAGAUCACCAACCCCAAGCCCUGAGCCAGCGGCCCCAGCUACAAUCUCAUCACACCAGCCCCGAUACUCGUGGUCGUCAGCCACUUCGACAGUCCGCCAGUUUUACUACAUUGCCGAGUCGGAUGGGGUCACUCGUCAAUCGGGAGUCUGAUAAAACUCCUGGCAAACGUUAUUCUGAUGAAGCGAAGGAUAGUCAGCCGCCCCGAUCGGGUAGGAGUAAAAAGGCUAGCUUCUCGAGCUUUGUCAAUAGUAUGCUGGGUUCCCCUCGCAAUAUCAAGAUCUCCGCCCCGGAGAACCCGGUACAUGUCACCCACGUCGGCUAUGACAAUCAAACUGGCCAGUUCACUGGUCUACCCAAGGAAUGGCAGCGGCUGCUACAAGAAAAUGGUAUCUCGAAGAAAGAGCAGGAGGAGCACCCGCAAACCAUGGUCGACAUCAUGCGAUUCUAUGAAAAGAAUACUCGUGGGGAUGACGAAGAUGACGAAGUGUGGCACAAGUUUGACAACGCAACCACUGCUGGCAACGGCCGCACAUCGCCCACUGGCCCUCGUUUCCCUCAGAAUCAUGCAGGUAGCUUUGAGAAUCCGCGAUCCCCGCCUCCAGUUCCUCGUGCUGGUCCAACCAUGUCUCCGCCUGUGGGUGGGUUGGUACCGCAUCGUGCACCCCCCAAGCCACCGGGCGCCAUAACACCAGCGCGCGACCCGCCUCAACCUCCUGUCUCUCAACCCCAAACAGCAGCCUCACCCCGACCUGCGCAAGAACCCACCCCAUUCGGCACUCCAUCCAUUCUCGAAUCUGCACAAUAUACGGCCCCCCAUCGCACCCCCUCCUCCUCUCGCAAUGGUACCCCCGUGUCCAAGGGCUCCAAUGUCAUUACUUCGCCUACACAAUACCAACAGCAUCAGGAACAAGCUUCCAUGGCUGCACAGCAAGCUAUUGCAUCCAGACAGCUAGACCAGAGUCAGAGUCAACGCAAAAAGCAACAGCAACCACCACCACAGCCGCCACCUUCAACUACCAACGAAGGCGCCGGGCCUGGAGCACCUCCACCAGCCCGACCUCGCCAACGCCAGCGACAAAGCACUGUUAUGGACGUUCGAGAACGUUUGUUGAGAAUCUGUCACCCUGGAGAUCCCACUCAAAUCUAUUACAACCUUAACAAGAUUGGACAAGGUGCUUCUGGUGGUGUAUUCACUGCUUAUGAAGCUGGCACCAACAACUGUGUCGCCAUCAAACAGAUGAAUCUUGAUCUCCAACCCAAGAAAGACCUUAUCAUCAACGAGAUUUUGGUCAUGAGAGAUAGCAAGCACAAGAACAUUGUGAAUUUCUUGGAGAGCUAUCUCCAUGGUCUUGAUCUUUGGGUGGUGAUGGAGUACAUGGAAGGCGGCAGUCUCACAGACGUUGUAACAUUCAACAUCAUGGGUGAAGGACAGAUUGCAGCAGUCUGUAGAGAGACUUUGAAUGGCCUGCAACACCUGCACUCAAAGGGUGUCAUCCAUCGUGAUAUCAAAUCUGAUAAUGUUCUUCUCUCAUUGGAAGGCAACAUUAAGCUGACUGAUUUUGGUUUCUGUGCCCAAAUCAAUGACUCGCAUCACAAACGAAACACGAUGGUAGGUACACCAUACUGGAUGGCACCUGAAGUCGUGACUCGUAAGGAAUAUGGUCGCAAGGUGGAUAUUUGGAGUUUAGGUAUCAUGGCCAUCGAGAUGAUCGAAGGUGAACCGCCUUACUUGAACGAAUCACCACUUCGUGCACUCUACUUGAUUGCCACAAAUGGAACCCCGACCAUCAAGGAAGAGUACAAACUCUCGACUAUCUUCCAGAAUUUCCUUCAAUUGGCACUCAAGGUUGAUCCUGAGAAGCGCGCAUCAGCCCACGACUUGUUGAAGCAUCCUUUCAUGUCACUCUGUUCCCCCCUUUCUCACCUUGCCCCCUUGGUCAAGGCAGCUCGUCUCAGCCGAGCCCAAGAAAAGGCCCAAAAGGGUAACUAA